AUGAUGAUGAUUGGAUAUAUUAGAGCAUUUGAUAUUUGUACACCAGCAAGAUAUCAAGCCAUUUCAAUUGGUACAAAUGGAGCAGGUCAAACAGAGAGACGUGAAGUGUAUUAUGACGCUUACAACUAUUCAGUUAGAAUCGAUAUAUCGACCGACACAACCAACCAAACCACAUUCAGUUACUUUUCACCAAACAACUCUCAAACCGGUCAAGAAUGGGUGAUCGACCAAACGGGAAAUUGCUAUCAGACCGGACCAGACUACUGGAAUCCACAAUGCUGGGGUGACUCCUACGGUACCCCCUUCGUAUCAAACACCAACAACAUGUUGACAUUCUCCAACCCCUCCAACGGCUACACUGCCAUCGUCGCCGAGAAUGGUCUCCCCAUGAAGAUCGUCAUGGAGUAUUCAGGUCUUGUCAUCUAUUUCUAUGAAUCACAAUCUUAUAUCUCUGACCCAUCUGUUUUCAAUUUACCAAAGAUUUGCAAACAACAAGAAUAA